GCCGGGAAAAACAGUGGGCUGAAACACACUAAACGCGUUUUUAAAACGGCAGACGCUUCAAAAACGCCUUGGCAAAGUGCGGCGGGCAAAACAUUCGCAGGAUCACCAGGUUGUUUUGGCCAAUGGGGUGUCUAUGUAUAUAUGUCUAUGGUCGCGACCCAGUCUUUGGGAAACAAUGAAUCCUGGAGAGCGCUGUUUUAUGAUUGGCCAGCUAUAAGGGGGACAGACGUCAUUAUUCUGCGACCAGUUUAACAGUCUGUGAUGUAAACCAAGAAAACUUUACAAUCUGCUGAUGUCCUAAAAUCAAGCAGAGGAAUAAUUGACAACUAUAUGAUCGGUUUGAAUGAUUCGAUUAUAUUUCAAGCACACGGCGUUUACAAAGGAUAGUAAAAAAACUAACGGACAGUGGUGGAGUAACGUUAUUAUCGCUAGCAUGGAACUCAAAAGUGGAACGCAACCAGCCCAGAUGAGAAAACCACUGCAAUGUUGUCGGUGCUUGUUGUUUGAACGCUACUUGACGAUUAAUAGUAGUAUUAUUGAAUAUGUGUUGUAGAUUGCAAUUUCAUGAACAGAAAGGCUUUGCUUAAAGACGGGGAGGACCGUUGCAAAAUAACGCUAGCUAGUUAAAUAGCCAACGUUCUUCACGUUAAGUAAAUGUUACCUGUCAUAACAUUAGUCGCAAGGGUUCGUGUGAGUGUCGUUUAGUUAAUGUUACCUGUUACAUUUGGCAUAAGUGGAGCUAUACGUUAUCCGAUAAGUGCAGGACUACCACUUCGCUUGACCUGCGCAUGGAUCUGUCAAGAUCAACAUCCGCGGUGAGAUCACCGGGCUCUGACAGCAGCCGCGCGGACCGGACACCACUGCCGGUACCGGUACCGUUCAGGGCUUUGCCGAGCAGCGGGAAAACGUCCGGAUCUAGUAUUAAUGAAGAGGAUUCCGAUUCGGUUUCUGAUGGAUACGAGUCGGAGCCAUAUCAGCUUGGGUCCGAGGCCUCGGUGUUCUCGUGUUCCCUGUGCCCCCUGUCCUACACGGCUCAGAUCUACCUCCACAAGCACAUCAAGCGGAGCCACACGGACGAGUACGUGCGCCUGCUGAGGUCUGGGGAGAUCAGAUCAGAGACUCUGGCACCUUGCAGAAGCGGUGGCGGCGGCAACAGCCAACAGACACAGACACACACACAAACACACACACACACACCUUCCAGAAGCGUUGGCGGCAGCAGCCAACAAACACAGACACAAACACAAACACAGACACAAAUACAAACACAAACACAAACACACACAUCCUCAAGGGUGCCGUCCAGCGCAGAUCCCUCCUCUAAGAUAUCAGCUUCGUCUUCAGAGCGGCGGGAGGAGCCCAGCCAUCACUGCUUCCUGUGCGCCACCAGCUUCCCUGCUGACGACCGCCUGGAACACCAGCAGCAGCAUCUUCAUCUUCCCCCCUCAGACGACCGCCUGGACCAGCAGCAGCAUCUUCAUCUUCCCCCCUCAGACGACCGCCUGGACCAGCAGCAGCAUCUUCAGCGGCCCCCCUCAGACGACCGCCUGGAACACCAGCAGCAUCUUUCCCCCUCAGAUGACCGCUUGGACCAGCAGCAGCAGCAGCAGCAUCUUCCCCCCUCAGAUGACCGUGUGGAGCAGCAGCAGCAGCUCUUCCUCUGCCCCCUCUGUGGCAAGAACUUCCCCGAGGAGACGAAUCUGAGCGAACACCAGCGCACUCACACAGGAGAGAGGCCGUACCAGUGCUCGCGCUGUGGCAAGGGCUUCUCUGACGAGAGGAAUCUGAGCGAACACCAGCGCACUCACACGCCGGCGGGGGAGUGGCCGUACCACUGCACUCAGUGUGGCAAGAGCUUCACUCCAGAGGCAAGCUUUAGACGUCACCGGCGCACGCACACAGGAGAACGGCCGUACCACUGCACCCAGUGUGGCAAGAGCUUCACCAGAGAAGAUCAUCUCAGACAGCACCAGCGCACGCACACAGGGGAGAGGCCGUACCACUGCACUCAGUGUGGCAAGAGCUUCACUGAAGGCGGCGCUCUCAGGCAGCACCAGCGCAUUCACACGGGAGAACGGCCGUACCACUGCACGCAGUGCGGCAAGAGCUUCACCACGGACGGGACUCUUAAACGCCACCAGCGCAUUCACACGGGGGAGAGGCCGUACCACUGCUCCGACUGCGGCAAGAGCUUCACUCUCCAGGGAGACCUCAAACGCCACCAGCGCACCCACACAGGGGAGAGGCCGUACCACUGCACCCAGUGCGGAAAGAGCUUCAGUCAGUCUGGGGAUUUAAAGAAGCACCUACGCACUCACAAAAAGGAAACCACUUCACACUCGUAGAUCGCCUGGCCGUAGUUGUGGGGGGUGUAGUUUGCACUCCACACCACCAGGGGUCAGUCACCGUUAUGCACUCACAAAAAAGAAACCGCUUCAUAGACUGCCAUAGACUGAGACAACAUGGACUGAAUUUGUGUGAAUGGGAUAUUCUGUCAAAGGUCAUCUUAAUGUACUGUAUUUUUUACGGGUGGUUAUUAUUGUGUGAUCCAUCUUAUCAUUUUAUACUGAAAUCUUCAUACAUUGACCCUCCCUCCCUUCCUGCCAGGCUGUGGUGGUGGGGUGUAGUGUUCAGGAUGAUGACUGUGGAUAAAAUACACAGUAUACAUAGACACACAUACACGCAGACACACACACACACAGACACAC